AGGAUAGAAUUUCUUUAUGACGUUGCACGAAGACUCCAUUUUGCUUUUACCAGAGAGCUAAAGUGACGCGUGUGUUUUUGUGGUUGCGAAAAAAGUGAAAAUUCACCAAAUAGUGCUGUGAAAAAGUGAAAAAUGGAUUCUGAGAAUGUCGAAGCGGAAGAAUAUGUCCAGUUGCAAGCCGUGGAGGUCUUUCAAGACUGGAAAUUAAGUUCUAACGAUAUUGAGCGGCUCCUGCAAUGUGGAAUCAAUUCAUUGAGACAUUUGGAGGUUAUUGAUUUGCAGACUAUCAGCACGAUUUUUGCAAAAGAAUGUCUCCUGGGAGAUGCUAUUCUCUUCCGGCACAUGUUGAGAUCGUGGAGAGAAGUCAACAAGGUCAGUAUAUUGCAAUCUUUCUUAAUAAAAUAACAUUUUACGUAUUUUCUGCCUUAUUUGAUCAAAUUGGAGAUCGCUCCACUUCCAUCUCAGCCCUUUGAAUUUGAUGAAUGCGACAGUGGAGGCGGAGGUAUUGAUGGGAAAUUUCUUCUUCGAGAAUUUUUCACUGAAGAAACUGAUGGAUCAAUCUAUAAGUGGACGGAUGGUGAUGAAGAAUUACCAGAACACAAAUUUUCUGGAGAAGACAGACCAGAACGUGGUGGCUGCAAUUAUAAUUGACAAUCACUUGAAGUAUUCCUCGCAUGUGUCCGUAAGAGACUUUAAGAGGUACAGCGCAGAAAUCAAACAACUCUUCCCUUCAGAGAAUGAAGAUUUGUAUUACAAACCACCAGCACCUAAAUCAAAGUCCAACCCGACAGGCAAAUUGUACGGGAGAUUCAAAAACAUGUCGGCGAAGUACAGAAAAAUUCUUCCGAAACCUGCCGAGAAUUCCAGCCCUAACGAUAAUCUCGUGGAAGAAGAAGGAAGCGCGGUUGUUUCCGCUCUCCAGGAAACUUCUGGUAAGUGAAAUAAAGAGUGUUUGCCUGAAUAGAAAUGAAUAGAAACUCUUAUGAUUUCGGAUCUGGCGACUUUUAUGGGAAUUUUCACCUAAAAUUUUCAUAGCUGCUAAUCUUUUAAAACCUACUUGAGUGAAUACCCAUACCCAAAAUAUGUGCCGACCACCUCACAGAUGUUCUGCAGCAUCAUUUAAAGAAUAUUCUUUUUUUCCAAAUAUUGUUUUUUCUGAGAUUAUAAGUGAUUCUUGGGAAGAAGUC